UUGCACGUUGAUCGCGGUCAGUCCAGCAGCAGGAACUUUCUCUACGUUCCUUCAUAACAACAUGGACUGGAAUGAGGGCGAUAAUGAUCACGGCAACAUGCAUGACAACUGUAACCACGGAAAUACAGGUCAUUCUCACAGUCAUGGGCCCAGAGCGCCGCACCCCUUCAUGACGCCUUUUCAAGGACAGUUCGCUAAUAAAGCUGAUCAGGCGAUGGACAUCAGCCAGCAGCCGAAGAGACGCUCACACAUGGACGAAAGCGCCAGCUUGGACAUAGUGAAAGCAACACAGUUCGGUAUCCUUGAGCGCUGUAAGGAGCUGGUGGAUGCAGGAUAUGACGUCAGGCUGCCGGACAAAGAGAACGUCACUCUGCUGCACUGGGCGGCCAUCAACAACCGCGCAGAGCUGGUCAAGUUUUAUAUUUCUAAAGGGUCAUUAGUUGAUCAGCUUGGUGGUGACCUGAACUCCUCUCCUCUUCACUGGGCCAUAAGACAGCACAUGUUUUUCUGUCCUAGGCCUGAACCAACCAAUUUCUUAAUAAAAAAUAACGCCUCAGUGAAUGCGGUGGACAAAGUUAACAGGAACACUCCGCUCCACUGCGCCGUGCUGGCAGGAAACGUGGACGCUGCCCACAUCCUGUUGGAAGCUGGAGCCAGCGUGGAUGCGGAAAACCUCAACGGUCACACCCCCAUCGACUUGGCCCACCAGGUGCACAGCCCUCUGCUCAUCCACAUGCUCAACCACGUCAAACAGGAGAGGAUUCGCUCCAACUCGCGCUGCCUGCGGAUCGUCAACAGAUACAGGGUCUUUCUACAGUUUCUGCUCUGCACAGCUGUUUUUGGCAGUGUGGGUGCCAUAGUAGAUAUGAACUCUGAGUCCUGGCUGCUCAAAGGGGUCCUGCUGGCCUGCGUGAUAGGGGUGCUCAAUUUGGCUGCAAGGAACUUCCCAAGUCCUGGCUUCCAGACCCUCCUCCCUGCCACAGCUCUCAUGGCCUCAGUGUUCUGGAUGAUCGUCACCUGGUGCCUCUGGUUCCUGCCAGAUGGGCCCAGUGCCACGGCUCAGGCUUUGUUCACUGUGAAUGCCACCGCUCUGCUCUACUUUUAUCUCCGCACCUGCAGGACCGACCCAGGCUCCAUCAAGGCAACUGAAGAAGAGAAGAAAAUGAAUGUGUUGGUGUUGGCUGAAGCCGGCGGCCUGGAACCCAGGAUAUUCUGCACGUCCUGCAUGAUUAAGAAACCGAUGAGAACGAACCACUGCUUUAACUGUGACGCCUGUGUGGCCAAGCAGGACCACCACUCCAUCUGGACCAACGGCUGCAUCGGUGCGAGGAACCACCACUACUUCAUCCUCUUCCUGUUCUCCCUCAUGCUGAUGGGGGCCUGGAUGUUUUACGGUUGCCUCAAAUACUGGGCGACUCACUGUGUGCUGCAUUACGAGGAGCAGGGCCUGUGGGGGGUGGUCUCGGUGCUGGUCACCUGCUCCCCCUGGCUGCUCGGCGUCUUCCUGCUCGCCUUCUACCACACCUGCUGGUCCGGCCUAAUGCUGCUGCUGCAGCUCUACCAGAUUGCCUUCCUGGGACUGACCACAGCAGAGCGGACCAGCCUGACGAUGCACCAGAGGAAACAGCGACAGCCCGUCCCCCUCAAACAGAAUCCAUACAAUUUGGGCGUGAUGAGGAACCUGGCGUCGUUCUUCCAGCUGCGCUGCUGCGGCCUCUUCAAACCGGCCAUCAUCGACUGGACGCAGCAGUUCCCCCCCGGCCGCGACCAGCACGGGUUCGGACACACCGACUUGGUCUGACCCCUCCCUGCCACCCCACUCUCAGGGUCAAGGGUCGGACUCUGACAGUGGUUCUGAACCAAAAGCACAAAGUGUAUUUAUUUAUUUUUUUAAAGGGUUGGCUCCAUGUGAAGAGAGAAGUUGGGAAACACAAGGCAUCGUGUAGAUAUCAUUUGUUCCAGUUGCUCUUUGUAAAGACUGCUGCUGCCUUAUACUUGACCAAUGUAAGUGAAAUCACACAAAUGUGUUAAUUUUGGUGAGGUUCAAAAACCUUUUAAAGGCCUAAAUUGUAAUUGAAGUUAGGAGAUGUUUUUAUAAACACAUCAAGCCUAUUUUGUAUCAUGUUCUGAUGGAAAGAAGGACCUUUGUAUGUGUAAACAGUUGGUUUUAUGACUUUUGUAAGAGUUGCAUGUUUGAUAACAAAUACCACUAUUCAGUAAAGCAAUGUUGUGCCUGUCUUCUUAACUGGCUCUGUGUGGACAAUCAGGCCUUUACAUACAGGGGUGGACAAUAUAAUAGAAACACUGUAAAUCAGUAAAUAUCUAUGUGUCGAGGCUCAUAAAUGUCAAGCUUUUGCAGAUUGUUUAACCCUGGUCAUUUUUCAACCCUGAUUUUGAAGACUUCCUAACCAGAAAGAACCUAUUCUUGACUUUUUUGCAGCAUGACGUGUCACCAUCAACCGACCUGACAGUCACAAUUUUGUCUUCAAAAGUCUAUUUACUUAUAUUUUGUAUUAAAAUUGAGACACAUGU